AUGUCCAAAAUGGCGUCUCCAAUGGAAGGUUGGGGCUUGUUGAAGCAAGGCGCAGAGGCACGUGUCUACAGAACGAAGUUUUACACCAAGAAGACUAUAGUGAAGGAAAGGUUUUCAAAAUGUUACAGGCACCCCUCUCUAGACGAAAAGCUCACCCAUCGAAGGACUACGCAAGAAGUACGAUCAAUGCUUCGUUGCAGGAAAGCAGGAAUCUGCACUCCAGCCGUUUAUUAUGUUGAUUACACUACUCAUUGUAUCUACAUGGAAGAAAUCGAAAAUUGCGUGACAGCCAGAGAUCACAUCAACGAGCUUCUGGAUGGCCCUUCUGAAGUAUCUGAGCAAAGUUUACAGAGUCUUGCGGAAAAAAUUGGUUCUACAUUGGCGGUAAUGCACAACGUGGAUUGUGUUCAUGGAGAUUUGACCACUUCAAACAUCUUGAUAAAGUCAGGUUUUGAAAAUAUCAUUCUGAUUGACUUCGGACUGAGCUUUAUAUCAUCACUGACAGAAGACAAAGGCGUUGAUCUUUACGUUUUGGAGAGGGCUUUCCUCAGCACUCAUCCAAACACUGAGCAGCUGUUCAAGAUUGUUUUGGAAAGUUACAAGGGGAAAGCAAACAAGGCUGGAGAGAUAAUAAAGAAACUUGAUGAAGUGAGGUUGCGUGGACGAAAGAGGACAAUGGUGGGGUGA